CGGUUGAGAGAAGAAGAUCAGAGAUCCAUCACUCUCUCUCUCCAUCAUUUUUUCGUUACUCUCCUAUUUAUUUAAAAUCAAAAGAAAAACGGAGAGAACGAAAUCAAAACCAACAGCAGAGCCAGAAGAACAACCACCAACAUCGUCUUCAUCUUCUAGAGAGAAGAAGAGAGAAAAUGUCGUGGCAGACAUACGUAGAUGACCAUCUGAUGUGCGAAAUCGACGGCCAAGGCCAGCACCUCACCGCCGCUGCCAUCGUCGGCCACGACGGCAGCAUCUGGGCGCAGAGCACUUCUUUCCCAGAGUUCAAGACUCCAGAGAUCACUGGUAUCAUGAAUGAUUUUGCAGAACCAGGUCACCUUGCCCCUACUGGCUUAUACCUCGGGGGUACAAAGUAUAUGGUUAUUCAGGGAGAGCCUGGGGCUGUCAUCCGUGGAAAGAAGGGAUCAGGCGGCAUCACUAUAAAGAAGACUGGUCAGGCACUGGUUUUUGGCAUCUAUGAGGAACCUGUGACUCCAGGACAAUGCAACAUGGUUGUUGAAAGGUUGGGGGAUUACCUGGUUGAUCAGGGCCUGUAGGCCUAAGUCAUAUUAUGGUUCUAGUAUUUCUCCUUGGGUUACAACCAUCAUUUUGUUUCGCUUUUCUGGUUUCAAGCAUCCAUCUACUUCUUUCUAAACCAUGAACUGGCAGUGGAAUUGUUGCAGACAAUAACCAUAUGAGGACAGAAACAGUUUGUUGUUUGGUUGUUUUGAGUCGGAAUUUUCUCUAUAUUUUCUUGAUUUAUGUGUAUUCCACCACCGGUUAAUGCUAUCCCUUUUUCCCAAAUUUCCCUCUUUUUGUUUUGGUCAGAUAGCAGUAUUAAUUUUGAAAUUUUCAUGGGUCUAUUGUGGUUUACCUGUAACUUAUCCUGGAUGGGCAAUUCACUGCCAGUUCUUCAUUGAGUACAAAGCCAUCUCACGGAA